AUGACGGACAAACUUCCACCAAAUCUCCUUGCCCUCUUUGCGCCUCGCCCUGCUCUACGAUGGGUAGCCCCGUCCGACCACGCGCCUGCAGAACGCAAGACUCCCAAUAUCAGCGGCAUUGCGGCCUUCCUACCACAACUUCAGGAAUACAAGGAAACGGAUGAUUACAAACCUACCGAAUCAUGGCUCCAAAGAAAGGAUCGGUUGAAGAUGGAAAAGAAGCAACAUCAGGAGAAGCUUUUAAAGGAGGGCCCAACAGGCUACAAACCCUCAGAAGAUCCAAAUAUUCGAGGGGAUGCUUUCAAGACCCUCAUUGUCGCACGACUCAGCUAUGAGGCAACCGAGCAAGACCUGGAAAGUGAAUUUGGCCGCUAUGGCGCUAUUGAAAGAAUCCGGAUUGUUGUUGACACUCACCAAGACGAAAAGCCGAACAAGAAGAAAAAGAAGCAUCGUGGAUAUGCAUUUGUGGUCUUUGAGCGAGAAAAAGACAUGAGAGCUGCUCUAGAAAACUGUGAUGGUAUCCGAAUCAAAGACCGUCGCAUCAAAGUCGACGUUGAGCGUGGCCGAACCGUGAGAGAUUGGAAACCACGUCGUUUCGGCGGCGGAAAAGGUGGGCGAGGAUACACCAAAACGAUUCCACCAAGGCCUAUGGGACCCGGAUCUUUCAAUGGACCUCCAGGAGGACCCGGCGGCUUCAGGGGCGGUGGAUUUCGAGGUGGGUUUGACGGCGGCAGAGGAAGGGGCGGUUUCCGAGGCGGUUUCCAAGACCGUGGGGGGUACGGUGGUGGCGGAGGUGGGAGAGGUGGUAUUGGCUAUUCGGGAGGCGGAGGCUUCUCUGGUGGCAGAGGAGGGUUCGGUGGUGACCGAGGUUCUAAUGGAUAUGGUGCCCCUCCCAAUGCGCCCGCUGGCCCUGGUGGUAGAGUUGGCGGACCCCCCGCUAACGACAGAGGAGCUGGUGGCUUCAGCAGAGGAGGAUACGGCGGCUCUGGAUCCCCUGAGCGAAACGGAAACUCAGCGCCAGCUGGUGGGUAUGAUUCGCGUGGUGGUGGCCGCUCAUAUGAUGAUAGAAACGGUGGCUAUCGCGGCGGCGGCGGCAGAAGCUACAAUGACCGUGACUCGAUUCGUGGAAGUGGCAGCAACAUGGAGCCGGUAAGGCCAAGAGAGGGAGGUAGAGAUGGUGGUGGCUAUCGGGACAGAGACCGAGACGGUGGCUAUGGUGGCCGACCACGAGAAGACGACUCACGCAAGAGGCAGUACGAAAGCAACGGCUACGAAGAGGACCCUCGGAAACUUCGAAGAUAUUAG